CUCCGACAUCAUCACCUCCACCUCUUGAACUCUCUGCCGGCGCCUGCAGCCCUGCGCUUUCCAGCUACUUGGCCUAUGAGCUUUCUGGAAUGGUCAGCGGCACUCUUUUAGGGUGGAUCCGACGGAGGUCUCUCGCGUUAAGCUUCGCGGGUCCUUCCCAUUUGUCAAUGUUACGGCUAACUGCGACUGAACUCUCCUUUGAAUAGCUUCAAGAGCUUUGUUUUGUUCUACACUUUGAGCACAUCAGUAUCGCUCUUACUUUGUGCCUCGAUUGCUCUUCGUGUCUCUAUACGCCCCUACUACCUGGCCGUCCCGUUGCACGUAAUGGCAUCUUCCAAGAGCGCAGAUGCCUCCACGGUUCCCGUCCUCAAGGACCUCACCAUCGAAAACAUCACCGAGAAUGUACACCGAAUAAAUUCGCAAUGCAGCGACCCGCGCCUCAAGUACGUCAUGGAACGUCUGGUCUCGCACCUGCACGACUUCGCGCGCGAGACGCGAUUGAGCUUCGAUGAAUGGAUGGCAGGCAUUCAGUUCCUCACGCAAGUUGGGCAGAUAUGUACCGACGUGCGACAGGAAUUCAUUCUCCUUUCAGACAUAGUCGGUCUCUCCCUCCUCGUAGACUCCAUCGACCACCCAAAACCUCCCUCUUCAACUGAAGGCACAGUCCUUGGCCCCUUCCACACGCAUGACGCGCCAUCCGACUCAAACGGCACCUCAAUCUCGGCCGAUCCCGACGGUGAGGCCCUACUCGUCCUCUGUACUGUCAAGACCACAACCAGCGAACCUGUGCCAGACGUCAAGGUAGAUGUGUGGGAGACAGACUCCCAUGGCAAAUACGACGUGCAGUAUGAGAAUAGAGGCGAUAAAGCAGACGGCCGUGCGGUCAUAAGGAGUGACAAAGAUGGUGUGUUUUGGUUCAAGGGUAUUGUACCUGUGCCAUACCCAAUUCCUAAUGACGGACCUGUCGGCAAAUUGCUUGAGAAACUGGGAAGGCAUUGCUGGAGACCGAGUCAUAUGCACUUCAUGUUCGAGAAGGAGGGCUUCGAUAAUCUGGUUACGGCAUUAUAUGUCCGUGGUUCUGACUAUGAGACAUCUGAUGCCGUCUUUGGCGUCAAGGAGUCUCUCAUCGUCAGCUUGGGUACUGUGACAGCCGAGCAGGCCAAGAAAUAUGAUGCCAAAGAGGGGUCAAAACUUCUCAAGUACGACUUCGUACUCGUCACAGACGAGGAGACGAAGCAGUUGCGACACGACGAAGCGGCCAAGGCGAUGAAGAUGUUAGGAAGAGAGGGCAUGAUGAUAAUCAACGGACUACCUGUUCCAGAGGUCGACUAGUCUGUGAAUCGAUAUUGCAUAUUUAAUAUAUACUACGAUAUAUCACCAUUUAAAUCGGUCUGUGAAAGUGUUGAGUAUCAUAAUCAAGGGGGAGUUGAUUCAAGAACAAAUAAGAACAGACUUGGACAAGCCCUGAUGAUUUGAGCCAGAGAAAAUGUAGCCAGAAAUAGUGGCACCAGCCACCUUAUGCAAAUGCCUUGAAAGGAAAAGAAGAGAAAAGAUUC